AUGUGGCAUAUGCUUCGGACUAAUAUUCUGCGUUCGCCGCUCAAAUUUUCCAAUGGCCGGCGCCUCAUCACAUCAACACGCUAUCAUGCACCGCUGGCUAUUGCCUUUGACAUUGAUGGUGUGCUAAAGCAAGGACCCAAAGUCUUACCUGAGGCAAUUCGAACCAUCCGCAUCCUGGAAGGAGAGAAUCCCUGGAAGAGGAAAGUGCCGUACCUUUUCAUUACUAACAGUGGUGGGAAGGAUGAAAAGGUGCGUGCAAAUGAUCUCUCGAAUGAUUUUCAAACGCAAGUGUUGCCAAAGCAGGUGGUCCAAGCACACACUGUAAUGCAAUCCUUGGUUGAGACAUACAAAGAUAAGGCCAUCUUGAUGCUCGGUGGGCCUGACUAUCCGCCUGGAUCAUCUCGUCAGGUUCUUGAAGGCUAUGGCUUCACACAAGUUUACACUGCUCAUGAUCUUCAGGCAUUUGCACCACCUUCUUUCCCCUACGGUGAGCCCAAAAAGGACCAAGCGUGUGCCAUUAGGCACGCGGAUUUCUCCAAAGUGUCAUUUGAGGCCAUCUUUAUGCUGCAUGACAGUCGUGAAUGGGGUCGUGAUAUCCAGUACGCGGUCGACCUUAUGCGUUCAGACGGCGGUGUUUUUGGAACUGUGCUUACAAACGAAGAGAUUCGUGCACGUAAGCCGAUACCAAUAUACUUCUCGCACGGCGACUUGUUGUGGGGGAAUGACUUUUCUGUCGCUCGUCUUGGCCAAGGUGCUUUUCGUACAGCUCUUGAAGCCGUCUUUCAUGUGCGUAUCUUAUUAACGACUUACAAACAGCGAGUUACCAAUGGGAUUCAGCUAAAUGCGCACACUUUUGGCAAACCAGAGACUUCAACAUACGAAUACGCCAACGGCCUGCUUCAGGAGUUGCUGCUAUCUGCGUCGGAAGACUCAUGUGCGCAAAUCCCGCCUGAAAACGUUUGGAUGAUCGGUGACAAUCCGUAUUCCGAUAUCCUUGGUACGCAUUACCACAGGCUAAUUAAUGACAGGUGCAAAUAA